AUGUCUUUAUCAUCUCUUUUGUCUCCUUCUCAAAUUCGUGUUAAUUUUGUUACUUAUGAUUUUAAUCGUCAAGAAUUUGAUCAAUUAAUUCAAACGUAUUUUGAAGAUGAGAUUACUUGUCCUUUUACACAUAUCGUUUAUCAGUAUGAGAGAAAUUAUAAUGUUUCUCAAGAGCGAGAUUGUCAUAUACAAGGAUUUUUACGUUUGAAGAAAAAAACUAGAUUUGGUCAUUAUAAAUUAAAUAAGAUAUCUGGUAUUAAGGGGUUUUUAAAGAUUGAUAAAGUGCAUUUUGAACCGGUUGGAAGUAAACCCGACUCUAUACUCUAUUGUAAAAAAACCUAUAAUAAAUGUUCUAUUCAUAAUCGAAAAGAAGUUGAACAUGAUGUGGAACGAUUUUCUGAAUAUGAAUUCAUUAGAAAUACAAUUUCAAUUUCCAAUAAAAAACGAUUAACAAAUUGUCGAUGUAGCUAUAAGGAUUUAAAUGAUUUUUCAGAAUGUAAAUGGUGUACUUUGGAAUGUUGUUCUCAAC